AUACAAACGCUAAACAGCUGUAUGCUCCUUCCUCGCUAAGCCUUUUCCCACCGCCCUUCAUUCCUAGGCUGAAAAUUAGCAACCCAGAACAUUCUAGAACCCAACAAACUUCCCUUUUCCUCCGCUUCCUAUUUAAACGCCCCUUCUCCUUACCCUAAUUCCACUCAUUAUAUUCUUCCUCAAUUUUGCAGUAACCAAACCCUGAUUUCUCCCUCUCAAAUUCUUGUUGUAAAAUCUAGCGAGUACAAUGUCCGGUAAAGGCGAAGGUCCGGCGAUCGGUAUCGAUCUCGGCACGACCUACUCGUGCGUCGGAGUAUGGCAGCACGACCGUGUUGAAAUCAUUGCUAAUGACCAGGGUAACAGGACGACGCCAUCUUACGUCGCUUUCACUGAUUCCGAGAGGUUGAUCGGUGAUGCUGCGAAGAAUCAGGUCGCUAUGAACCCUAUCAACACCGUAUUUGAUGCUAAGCGGUUGAUUGGUAGAAGAUUCAGUGAUGCUUCAGUUCAGAGUGACAUGAAACUCUGGCCAUUCAAGGUUAUCCCUGGUGCUGGUGACAAGCCUAUGAUUGUGGUCUCAUACAAGGGUGAAGAUAAAGAGUUUGCCGCUGAAGAGAUUUCAUCUAUGGUUCUCAUUAAGAUGAGAGAAAUCGCAGAGGCCUUCCUUGGUUUAACAAUAAAGAACGCAGUUGUGACUGUUCCUGCCUACUUCAAUGAUUCUCAACGUCAAGCCACAAAAGACGCUGGAGUUAUUGCUGGUUUGAAUGUCAUGCGAAUUAUUAACGAGCCUACUGCAGCUGCCAUUGCUUAUGGUCUUGACAAGAAAGCAACCAGUGUUGGUGAGAAGAAUGUUUUGAUCUUCGAUCUCGGUGGUGGUACCUUUGAUGUUUCUCUCCUCACUAUUGAAGAGGGUAUAUUUGAAGUUAAAGCCACCGCUGGAGACACCCAUCUUGGUGGUGAAGAUUUCGAUAACAGAAUGGUGAACCACUUUGUGCAAGAGUUUAAGAGGAAGCACAAGAAGGAUAUCAGUGGCAACCCUAGAGCUCUUAGAAGGUUGAGGACUUCUUGUGAAAGAGCAAAGAGGACUCUCUCAUCCACCGCUCAAACAACAAUUGAGAUUGAUUCUCUUUUCGAGGGAGUUGAUUUCUACACAACCAUUACUCGUGCUCGUUUUGAAGAGUUGAACAUGGAUUUGUUUAGGAAGUGUAUGGAGCCAGUUGAGAAGUGUUUGAGAGAUGCGAAAAUGGACAAGAGCACAGUACAUGAUGUUGUUCUUGUUGGUGGAUCCACUAGAAUUCCCAAGGUCCAGCAGUUGUUGCAGGAUUUCUUCAAUGGCAAAGAGCUCUGCAAAAGCAUCAACCCUGAUGAAGCUGUUGCUUACGGGGCAGCUGUUCAAGCCGCUAUCCUAAGUGGUGAGGGCAAUGAGAAGGUGCAGGAUCUUUUGCUUCUGGAUGUCACCCCUCUCUCCCUGGGUUUGGAAACAGCCGGUGGUGUCAUGACAGUGUUGAUCCCCAGGAACACAACCAUCCCAACCAAGAAGGAACAAGUGUUCUCAACAUACUCUGACAAUCAACCUGGUGUGUUGAUCCAAGUCUACGAGGGUGAAAGAACAAGAACCAGGGACAACAACUUGCUAGGAAAAUUCGAACUUUCUGGCAUUCCUCCAGCUCCAAGAGGAGUCCCUCAGAUUACUGUGUGCUUCGAUAUCGAUGCCAAUGGUAUCUUGAACGUGUCUGCUGAGGAUAAAACCACAGGGCAGAAGAACAAGAUCACCAUUACAAAUGACAAGGGUAGACUCUCAAAGGAAGAGAUUGAGAAGAUGGUCCAAGAGGCUGAGAAAUACAAAUCUGAAGAUGAGGAGCACAAGAAGAAGGUGGAGUCAAAGAAUGCUCUAGAGAACUACGCCUACAACAUGAGGAACACUGUUAAGGAUGAGAAGAUCAGCUCCAAGAUAUCAGAAGCUGAUAAGAAGAAGAUUGAGGAAUCCAUUGACAAUGCAAUCAACUGGCUUGAAAGCAACCAGCUUGCUGAGGCUGAUGAGUUUGAAGAUAAGAUGAAGGAGCUGGAGAGUAUUUGCAACCCCAUCAUUGCUAAGAUGUACCAAGGUGCUGGUGGUGAAGCCGGUGGUGUGCCCAUGGAUGAUGAUGAGGUCCCCUCUGCUGGUGCAAGCAGCGGCCCUGGACCUAAGAUUGAGGAGGUUGACUAAAUUUUCUGUCAUGUUGGGCAGUUAGAAAGAUGUUUGGUUUCGUUUCCUGUCUGUUAGAAACAAUAUUUUUAGUGUUCCCAUUUAAAUUUUUGCUUAAAUGCAGCUUUGUUCGUCCUUUGGAUGAGCUAUAUAUGCUGCUUCUAUUAUCACUAGAGUUCUGAAUAUGUUGAAUAUUUUCGGUAUGUUCCAGUCAUUUUGUUUUUAUUGCUUUUGAAUCCAAGGAAAUUUAGGAGUA